AUGAGCAGCGAAGGUUCACUGGACGGCCUCGACGACGAUCAGAAGAAGUCUCUGAGAUAUAUACAGGAGAAACUCCGAUCACAUGAUGGUCCUCUCUACAUGUUCAUCACCGGCUACGCCGGGACUGGGAAGAGUACGCUCCUGCAUGCAACGACGAAUACUCUAUCCAGCGAGUAUGAAGUUGUCAUCCUCACGUGGAAUGCUCUAGCAGCUCGAUCAAUACGUGGGCAGACAAUCAUGAGCUUCUUCAGCCUCUCUUAUGAGCAAAGUGGUAUUGUCGGUGAUAACGCAUAUAUGAGAGACUGCAGCACCCUCUCCUCGAAGAUGUGCACGUCCAUACAGUCCUCGAGACAGCGGCUAUUGAGGACCGAGAAACUGGUGAUCGUCUUGGACGAGAUAGGGGCCAUACACAAUACAAUUCUGGAUGCCAUAUCCCAGGCGCUCCAGGCCAUUCGCAAAGGGAUGGAUAACUGCCACUUGCCAUUCGGAGGGGUCCCCGUCAUAAUGGCGGGUGACCCCUGCCAGCUUGGUCGAGUCGAGCUGUGCUGCACCUCGCCCAAAUACUCACCCGACCUAUUCCCGACCAUGCCAUGUUGGAAGUCCACCACAUGGCGCGAUAUGGAUCCCGUUAUUAUCUACCUGAGACGGUUCCAUAGGGGCGGCGGGACCGACCACCAAUUCUUAAAUCUUCUGAAAGAGAUCAGAGCCAGCAAGCGAGUCAAACCGGGAGUGCCAGAGUUCAGCGGAGAGUCCUUGCAACUGCUUCAGACUAUGCGAGAUCGGGAUGGUGGAAAAACGCCACCAAGAUAUGAACACGUAUGCAUCUGCUUGACGAACGACGAAGCUGACAAGUUUAACGAAGAUUACCUGGCCAGCCUCCCUGGAGAAAUGGUUGAACUUCAGGCUGAGGAUGAGCUCUUCGGCACAGUGCCACCCGAUAACUUCCACAUAGACGAGGUAUCGCGCAUGGGAUUCAAGAACCAGCUCAGAUUGAAGUUGGGGAGUAGGAUCCUAAUGACCAGCAAUGAUCAAGACGGACGCUUCGUAAAUGGCGACACCGGUAGGAUACAGUCGUUUCAUGGACUCACCAGCUCUGAUCCAUACAUCAAAGUGCAGCUCGACGAUCGACCCGACGAUACUAUUGAUAUUCGUCGCCGCGACUUCACGGUCUACAAGGAGGGAGCCGCGAUCUUCAACCGAAGACAAUUCCCGCUGACCGUAGGCGCAUGUUUUACCGGGCAUAAAUGUGUUGGGAUGACCCUACCAGGGGUCUGGUGUCGAUUCCCUUUCGGCGGAAGAACUCGAGGGAACGAUGCCAACAUAGAGAAGUUCUGGAGUCGACCAUGGCUCCACGGAGCUGCAUAUACCAUUUUCAGCCGUGUAGGAAGGAGCGAUAGAUUGCAAGUUCAUCCCCUUCGACGAUCUGAGAGACACGGGAUUGAUGACGUUCUCCCCAUGUUCCACAUGUCAGAGGAGGCACUACAGUUCGACGAAGACUGUAGAACUAGGAGUUGGCUGACUGAUCCGACGGAGCAGCCAUUACCGCCUCGUUCCGAGAGCCCAGCCGCCGCUACCGCUCCACGGGUGACUGAAACAAUAGAAGACCAUAGCAUAGGGCUCCAAAUACGCGAUGAGUUGGACGCACUCCGAGACGAGUUCCGACGCGAAUUCCGGAAUCAUUCAACGCGAUUGAUGCUACUACAUGAUUUCUCGGAAACGCGAACCAGGAGGAUAAAUCCUGUUUUCUAUUGCUGGACCAAUCCCGAAUUAAUGGCAAAGAUUGAUACGUUCACCCCGGAGUUACAGCGUGAGUUCUACCAACAAUUAGACGAAGCGCUCAAUCUCACCGAGGAAAUGCCUACAAGUGAGCGACUCAGUGAUAUAUUGGAGGGUGUGGCCGCCAAGAAUGUGAGACGAAGGGUAACUUUUCCAGAAUCCCCUAAUAUUCCAGUGGUGGAGCCUUCAACUGGGCGUCCGACAGGUCUCGAGAGCCAGCCAGGAGCUGACUUACAUGGCGAGAGGCUGCAGCGUGACGACGAGGAAUUCAUCGAUGACUUAGGCUCCGAACCUGACAUCGACGAACUGGAUAAUAGCAUAAAUGCACCAGAUGACCCCACUGCUCCAUCACUCCACGUACCACGACCAAGAGACGACAGGUUCGAGGACAAACCGUUCGCUAUUAAACGAGGCGCAUUCUACGAAACGGUGACCAGGUAUCUGGAAAUUAACGAUCAUCUGAGACUGGAGCACGGCUAUACUUUGGAGAAGCUGAAGAGCAGGCAGUCAUGCCGUAUUGAAUGCCGACGAUCAGUAGCCAAGCGCCAUCGCUCGAAGCAGCCAUCGCCUAGAAACCCUGAUUGGAGGCUCUGGCCGGCUUUCCAAUGCCCUUUAUCUGAGAUACUGGUGAAAGCACAGGGUAGCUUCACAUAUUUUUACGGGCUCAAGGGAGCGCGAGCGGAUCAAGAGGCAUGGAGAAACCAUUCCCACCCUGUUACUACUUGGAAAUGCCACAGUGCAUUUGUGCCGCCCGACAUCAUCGAUGAUUGGUGCGAGUGGGUAGAUGAGGAACCGGGGAUAGGUUUGAAUCAGCUAGAGGAUAGAACCUAUAGAAAGCAGAGAGACUACUGCGCUGAAACUAUUCAGUUCCUUGUCCGCCGCGAGUUGAAUCAUCACGAAAAGACUCGUGGAGCUUACCGAUCCAUUAAAGAGCACGGCAAGGCAGGUCUCAGCAUCCACGCCUUCCUUCGACAGCUAGCUCCGAUUACAGUUAAGAGAGAAGAUCUUGCAGCUACAAUACUUCCGAUCUUAGACGCGCUAGCAGCGGUGGAAGAGUCCAGAGCCACUGAGGAGCAGGCAGAGCUAGCAGUACGAGCAGAUGACUGCAUACUUCUGAGUGACGUCCUAUGUAUUCAUGAAGAGGGACCUAGGAAGAAGAGGAUCCUCUCACAGUUCUGCGCCGUACUCACCAGCGCUAGGAUGCUUCGCAAUAUGACCAAUGUUAAGACUGUAGGCCUGGACGCCACCUUCAACUUGCUCUAUGCUGAUGUGGUGCUGGGCGUGAUGUGCCAGCUACCCCAGAAAGAUGCUGCAAAGCCCGUGGCUUUAGCCAUUAUGAGGAGCGAAGCAGCGUCGUCCGUGAAGCAUCUGCUCAAGCAAGUGAAACAGGCAGCAGAGACUCUCAACCUCGCCGAUUCAACUCCAGUAGAGGCGGUAAUGGAUGGUUCUGAUGCAAUUCACAAGGGAGCGAUAGAGACCUACGGAGAAUCAUUAACAGUCAUCAGUUGCUAUUUCCAUACCGUUAAGAACGCUAGGAAGUUGAAGUCUCAGCGAAAGCUGCCAUCCAACAUUUGGCGGGAAAUCCUCACCGAUAUCGAGACUCUCGCAGAUAAUAUCCGCGAACGCCCGCUAUCCGAGUCUUCUCGCUCUGCAAUCCAAAGCUUCAUGGAUGACUUCGACGACUAUCUGAAUCCCAACCACUGGAGAAGUUACUGGGGUUCUUAUGGAGGACAGCACACAGGCCCCCGUACAAACAACUCCGUCGAGAGAUUCAAUAGGCAGUUGAAAGAUGACUUGAUGCCCGGGAGAAGUAGAAUAACUCUAUCAGAGUUCGCGGCAAUAGUUCGCCAGUCGGGUCCUUGGACUCGGAUCUCGCAGUAUGGGAAGUCCGAAACUAGAGGAAAUGCCACGAGUGAGACUCGCCGAAGAGCCGCCGAGUAUUACAUCCAAAACUCCUUCUGCCAAAUCCCUAGGUCUUGGCGAACUAACGUCACAGAUAUGGCGCCGAUCAAAUGGCUGUUCUCGACGAACGAGUCGAAUCUGAGGGAUGUUGUAUAUAGCAAUGCGAACGAGGAAGUCAAGAGAUUCUGUUCAAGCAACUAUUCCUCGUUGAGAGAGGCGCAGAACCUCAAGGGUUCUUACUCUAUCGUGGCUUACAAGAGGACUCCGGACUUCCGCGUUCCAGCACUAGAUGGCCCAUUUUGUACCUGCAGAGACUGGGUGAAAGCACUGGUGUGUCCCCAUGUACUCUGCAUAUCAUAUUCGAUGGGACACGAUAAUACGCAGGAGGCUUUGCGGGAGUGGUCCACGAUAUUGGUCAAUUUCCCCCGACCACGACAACGACGAGAUGCUGAAGGGAAAAUCGGAAGUCAGAAGAUCCCCAGAACAGCUAGGCACGGGCUCACCGAGGGGACAGGACGCAAACGUCGCAGAGUGGUUCAGAGUUCAGAGUCACAGCCAAGGGGAACGAUGGACGAAGACGGUCAGACCGAUCCUCACGUACCUGAUUAUCACGAGAAUAACGAUGAGGAGAGAGAUGGAGGUGCUGAGCAAGGCUCAAAAGACGAGGAAGUACGUGAAUCAGAGCGAACCGCUCCCAAGUUAGUGGACUACAACAGCAUAACUUGGCCUGUACACCCUGACAUUGAAGACCAAUCGCUAUUCUGUGGCUGCGGUCGAGGACACUGGCCUGAAAUGGCAAUGAUAAAAUGUUCAAAGAAAGCUUGUCCUUACCAGUGGUGGCACGUGGAUUGUGCUAUGCAUUACGCUACUGCUAUGGGAAUCCCUUCUGGGCUCGCCUUUGCUCUGCACAACAAGAAAAGAUGGUACUGCUUUACAUGCAGAGGACGAAGCUGGACGGUGCCUAAGAAGAAUUGA